AUGGCUUUCGCUGCCUCCUCCCUCGCCCCUAUCACAGGCCGCUUCAAGAAGCGUGUCGUCCGCGACUUGGUCGGUUCUAUCACCUUCGGUACCGCAGCUGCAUACUACUGGUGGAACAACUCCCACCUUCCCAAAAUGGCGGAAUACAAAGCCUACGACUCGAAAGUCCGCGCCGAGCUGAUCGCCGAGCACGGUGAAUGGGCCAUCGGAUCUGGGCAACAGCAGAGGCUCGACGAGAAGAGGGGUGUCAAGUCGCCAGGACAAUCCGUCGAAUAA